UAGGACUGAGUAAACUAAUGGCGGAAGUUUGAAGGGAGCACGUUGAGAUUAAAAACCCACUGCUCAAAAACAGCUGACCAGUCUUUAUUGUACAGACUCCCACAAGUGCAUUGAUCCAUACAAGAAGGACAUUUCAGGAUAUAACAUUGUCACCUGCCAUUUUAGAGGUUCCUCACUGAAUCUGAUUUCUGAAUCAUGGCCUGAGGACAGAUUCAUGUUUUCACUUUUCCUUUAAAAAUAUGAGUGCCAAGAAAAUGGUGGCCGAUUCCACACAGGUUGACCCUGAUCCCCUACUGGCCUCAUCCAAACGCAAGAGAAGUUCACAAAAGAAGAAAAAACACCAGUCCACUAAAAAGAAAAAGUCCAGCAAAAGUGAAGAAGAAGAUUCAGAUUUGGACUUGGAUAAGGAGCUGUUUUCCAUUGGAGCUUACCUCAACAACAGGCAGGAGAUGGUAGAGCAGAUGUUCCACAGCCUCAGAGGGGCCACACUAAAGAGACAUAUUCCUGAUAUUCUAAAGGAGAUGACCAUUGAGGAGCUGAAAGAGAAAUGUGUUGAACAAUUAGAAGUCAUGUCAGUUAAGAGAAUUAAAAGAAUACUUGCAGGGGAUGACCCUGCUAAUAUAUCUUCAUCUGGUACUGAAGAUGAAAACAGCUAUGAAGGAAAUAAUUACCAAGGUGAGGAAGAUGAAAAGACACCGCUAGAAACAGAUGAAAAUACCGCAGACUCCACAUCUCCAGUCUCCCCAGGGACCCCUGGUCCAGAGGAGGGGGAGGUAGAAUAUGGAUUCAUAGAGACUACAGACAGACAAACAGAUGAGGAGCAAACACAAAAUGAUGUCAAGUCAGAUACUGGGGACAGUCCCACUGAGCAGGGAAGUGACAGAGAAGAGGGGGGUGAGGAAAGUGGAGAGUUAUCAGUGAAUCAGAUGGAGCUAUUAGAACUAGAGAUGAGAGCUAGAGCCAUCAAAGCCAUGCUGCUAGCUCAGGAACAAAGGGACAAACAGACUGACUGAGCCAAGAGCAGUAACUCUCACAAACUCUCAAAUCAUUCCCCAUGAAUUUCACAAUUUUAUCAUGCCAAACUACAUGUAUAUUUUCAUAUUUUUAUAUGAAUAUUUUUCAUACACUGAAUUGAAUGUAAUUACUAAGUAUUUUACAAGUGCAGGACAACUAAGAAAGUUGUCAAUGAGUGAAUUUGUAACAUUUUUUGUUUCAAUAUUUUUUUUUAUUGUUUUAUAUGACAGCUUUUAUUUUUGUAAUGGAAAGACAAUUAAAAAUGUCAGAUCUCAA